GUUGUGGCUUUGAGUAUGUCCCGACCGCUCGCUGAUGUUGCUACUAUGAAGUGAAAAGGCUUUAUUUAAUUUCGAAACAUAUGGUCACGUCAAAGACAAUCGGGGCUUGAACUUAAAACUUUACCAACGUGAAAUGUGCACAUGUAGAUAGCGGUCAUCGCUUUUAUUCUGACUAGCCUGAGUACUGUGGAGCAGGGCUGCCUUAGCAGCCAGCCAAGAUGGACACCGCCGAGGAAGCGGACAUCUGUCGGGUAUGUCGUUCGGAGGGGACCCAGGACAAGCCGCUCUACCACCCCUGUGUCUGCACUGGCAGCAUCAAGUUUAUCCAUCAGGAAUGCUUACUGCAGUGGUUGAAACACAGCAGAAAAGAAUACUGUGAAUUGUGCAAACACAGGUUUGCAUUUACACCAAUCUACUCUCCAGACAUGCCAUCUCGCUUGCCGGUCCAGGACAUCUUUGCAGGGCUGGUCACCAGUGUCGGAACAGCCAUCAGAUACUGGUUCCACUAUACACUGGUGGCCUUUGCCUGGUUAGGCGUGGUGCCUCUCACAGCAUGUCGUAUCUACAAGUGUUUAUUUACUGGCUCUGUGAGCUCUCUCCUUACCCUGCCAUUAGAUAUGCUUUCAACACAAAACCUGCUUGCGGACUGCCUCCAGGGCUGUUUUGUGGUCACUUGUACGCUGUGCGCCUUCAUCAGCCUGGUGUGGCUUAGAGAGCAGAUUGUCCACGGUGGUGCCCCUCAGUGGUUAGAGCAGAAUCAGCCCCCUCUAGUUCCUAAUCAGCCUAAUGGUCCUGCGCCAGCUAAUGAGGCUCCAGGUGGUAACAACGCCCAGGCUGCUGCAGACGGCGCAGCAGCCCAGCACCCUGCAGACCCUGCUCCAGAUGGGCUGGCACCUGACAACCCACAAGAAGGUGGAAACCACGGAGAUGAGGCUGAACUUGACGAUGAGGAAGAUGACGACGACGGGGAGGAAGAUGAAGAAGAGGAAGACGAUGAGGAAGGCAGGGAAGAAGAUGCUGCUGAUGCCAAUAAUGGAGGACAAGAAGAUUUGAACUGGAACGCCCUGGAGUGGGACCGUGCAGCAGAGGAGCUGACCUGGGAAAGGAUGCUGGGGCUGGAUGGCUCCCUAGUUUUCUUGGAGCAUGUGUUCUGGGUGGUGUCUCUCAACACACUUUUCAUCCUGGUCUUUGCUUUCUGCCCGUAUCACAUCGGCCAUUUCUCAGUGGUUGGACUGGGCUUUGAAGACUAUGUCAAAGCUUCACACUUUGACGGCCUCAUCACCACCAUACUCGGGUAUAUCCUCCUGGCUGGAGCUCUCAUAGUCUGCCAUGCACUGGCUUCAUUAGUGAAGUUCCAACGGUCCAGACGCCUCUUGGGUGUCUGCUACAUUGUUGUCAAGGUGUCCCUGCUGGUUGUCAUGGAGAUAGGCUUGUUCCCACUGAUUUGUGGUUGGUGGCUCGACAUUUGCUCUCUGGAAAUGUUUGAUGCAACUCUGAAGGACAGGGAGCAGAGUUUCGACAUGGCCCCCGGUACCACCAUGUUCCUCCACUGGCUGGUCGGCAUGGUCUACGUCUUCUACUUCGCCUCCUUCAUUCUUCUGUUACGAGAGGUGCUCCGGCCCGGUGUGCUGUGGUUCCUGAGGAACCUGAAUGAUCCAGACUUCAACCCAGUCCAAGAGAUGAUCCACCUGCCCAUCUACAGACACCUGCGGAGGUUUAUACUUUCCGUGGUGGUUUUUGGCUCCAUAGUUCUGCUGAUGCUUUGGCUUCCCAUCAGAAUCAUUAAACUGUUCUUCCCAACCUUCCUUCCCUACAACGUUAUGCUUUACAGCGAUGCCCCAGUCAGCGAGCUGUCCUUGGAGCUGCUGUUACUUCAGGUCGUUCUGCCGGCAUUGCUGGAGCAGGGUCACACUCGCCAGUGGCUCAAACGGCUCGUCCACGCCUGGACAUUCACCGCUGGAUAUGUGCUUGACCUUCACUCCUACCUGCUGGGGGACCAUGAAGACGAUGACAACCAACCAAACAUCAACCCUCCCGGUCGCCAUAACAACAACAGGGUCCCUGGCCUUGGGGAAGGGCUUCACGCUGCCCACCAGGCCAUUCUGCAACAGGGCGGUCCUGUUGGGUUCCAGUCGUACCACCGGCCCAUCAACUUCCCCCUCAAGAUCAUUCUGCUGGUGGUCUUUAUGUGUGUGACGCUGUUACUGGCUAGUCUGAUCUGCCUCACGCUGCCGGUGUGUGCGGGUCGCUGGCUGAUGUCUUUCUGGAUGGGUAGCGCCAUGGUUCAUGAGCUGUACACAGCGGCCAGCGGUCUGUACGUCUGCUGGCUGUCCAUUCGUGCCGCCACCGUGAUGCUGUCUUGGAUGCCACAAGGACGGUCCGUCAUCCUGAUCAAAGUCCACGAGUGGACACUCACGAUCAUAAAGACCAUAGUGGUGGCUGUGAUGUUAGCCGGGGUGAUUCCUCUGCUGUUGGGUCUGCUGUUUGAGCUGGUCAUCGUUGCUCCUCUCAGAGUCCCACUGGACCAGACGCCUCUAUUCUACCCCUGGCAGGACUGGGCCCUGGGCGUGCUCCACGCUAAAAUAAUUGCUGCCAUCACACUGAUGGGCCCUCAGUGGUGGCUCAAAACCGUCAUUGAGCAGGUGUACGCCAACGGUAUCCGAAACAUUGACCUCCAUUUCAUUGUGCGAGGGCUGGCGGCCCCUGUCAUCUGCGUCCUGUUGCUGUCUCUCUGUGUGCCCUACACCAUCUCUAAAGGCAUCACACCACUGCUAGGUGUGCAGCCGGAGAUGCAGACGCUAGUGGAGAGGAGGAUCUAUCCCUUCCUGCUGAUGGUGGUCAUACUGCUGGCCAUCUUGUCCUUCCAGAUACGACAGUUCAAACGCCUCUACGAACACAUCAAGAACGACAAAUACCUGGUUGGACAGCGUCUGGUGAACUACGAACGUAAGUCGGGCAGGAGCACAUCAUACAGCUCCUCCUCAUAGACCCGACGCUGCUGUGGGAUCAGUGGAGCUGACUCACUCUGCACUGAGAGCUAUCAUCAGCUCCUCUGGUGAAACCUUUUAGUUUCCUUCUUGGCUGUCAAAUGCCGACUUCAAACACAGCCUCUAAACUUCUGACUGCAGUUUAUUCCUCUUAUUCACCAACAUCUACUGCUGUCACAGGUUGGGAGACAAAGAUGUUGAAGAGCCAAGACACAAUAGUCUCAGAACUCUUCAUGGAAAAUUUGAAUACCUGAACAAGGUUGUUCAGCAACCCGCAGACACAGUCGGCAUGAGUCGUCGACUGUCCAUCCUGUUUCAUGUGUCCGAUUUUGUCUUCAACGCAGCUGACAUUUUUAAGUUGUACGUUAUUUUAUAAAAAGGUUUGAGUUGAAGUGGGGUAAGUUGAGCGUAGAUUUUACCUCUGAUUGUGCUUCCCUUUGAAUCUUUGUUGUGAAAUGUAGUCUAGGUCACACUGAAUGUCUCUUAAUUAGAGGUUUUUGACAUUUCGGAGCUGUGGAGGAGAUAUUAUAACAGGAACGCCUCUGUGGUCCUAUUCCAGUUGUUGAUUCAUCUCAAAUGACACCGUUCAUCAAACUGAGGCUGUCAGUGAUAAAGAGGGACACACAUGAUGUAGCAAUGUGAUUUUCUUUUCCUUUUUCUAAUUUUUUUUUAGAUGUUUUUAUUAGAUGUGUUUUCAUUGAUUUUUAGUGUUCUGGAGUGAGCUGUUAGAUAAUCCUCUGAGGGGUUCCUUUGAAGUAAAAAUGCAGAAAUAGAAAAAAAGGACAUUUUAGACAAUCUGGACAACCCGGCCAGACAGUUUGGGUUGUGCACUACCCUUCCUGAGUACAUCCACCCUCAGGAGAGGAGAGGUCAUUAAUAUGAAGUUACACAGCACAAAGUGAGGUUUUAACUAAGAAUAUUGAACUGGAAAACCAGCCUCAGAACAUUUCAGAAUGUGCCUGUGUUAUACCGACUGACACUGGUGUUAUAUUAGAAAUAUUUAUAAAAAUAAUGUGAGCUAGCUGGCCCUGAAUGGCUUGUACUGCUGCUAAUCAGCUGUUCAGACUCUUACCUGUCAGCAUUCUGUUAACGGUUAGGAGCCAACAGCUAAAAAGAACUGUAUAAAUGACAAAACACUGAUUUUCAUAGGGAAAAAGGUGACUCUCGCUAUACUGGCACGAGUAUAGUUCUGGCAAACUGGAGUUAACUCAUCUCAGUCAGGGCAAGAUAGUGCCACAAGUUUAAUGGAGCUCAAACUAUUAGAUAAAAUGCAGGAAACUGGUUGGUGGACGUAACUGGAACUGCCACAUUUUUUGUAAUGUCCCCUAACUUACAAAAGUUGUUCCCUUUUCUGUAUUGUGACGUUGAAAUGAAUCAUUCAAUCAUUUGCUGCCAUCUGCUGAGCUGAAUCACAGAUCAUGACAUAUCAUCUCCUAAUCCGUUUAGUUACCAAAGACAGCGUUAACAGUUGCCUUCCUAAAUGUAGGGCCAGUGAGGUGUGAAGAUUUUAAAUUACAUCUCACAAAAAUAAGUUAAUAAAUCUCAAAUUACAAACCAUUGAUCAGAUGUUUCCCACUCACUCUAAAUUGUUCUCUUAACUGAAUAGCACAUUUGUCCCUGUCUGCAGAUAAUUCAAACAGUCAUACCUACAGUUACAAAGGGACUGGCAGUUAAAUGUAGAUUACCCCAUUUAAGCCAGUUUUGUUAACGGUAUGCUACAGUGACUUCCUGUUUACUAGCUGACUGCUUUUGAUUGGAUGGAGCUACGGUUGUUUCAUAGCAAUUGGUUUUACAUUACCAGCUAGCAUCACUAUUGUUUUCAAACAAGCUGCUGUUAGAUAUUAAAAGGGUACGUGAUUUAGGAAUGUCUUUUUAAAAAAGUGGUCAAAGCAGCAGAGACCAAGAUGUCUUCAGUUUGAGUCAUGGGUCAAAGAUCCCAAAAUACUGGUUCCUACGUUUCCCAUAAUACAACUGUAUCGCGUCUUUUAUUAAACCUUCCAUGCCUGGUUAACACCUAGUAUUUCAAAUUUCACAUUUCCAGUUUGUAACGCAGACUGAUGACAUCUUCUGUCACUGCUCACGAUCUUCACAGAACACAUGAUACAGCUGGGAGCUUUAUUUGUUAAAUUAGUCGAGUGCCCUUUAAAGCAAGUCUGCAAGAAAAAGGGAGCAAGAGAAAAACGUCUUUGCUUUAAAAAACAAAAUGACUGCCAUCACACUGCAUGUUUGCUGACCUUGCAUAUAGUUUCAAAUGUAAAAUAAUCUGCACACAGAUACUCUUAACCCCGACACUAGUCCUCGUCUGCAGCAGUUCUAUGCAGUGACAUUUCUCCACAAAUCACUAAGAAGACUCUUGUUGCUCUCCGGUACUGUUGCCAUCCACUGUUCUUAUAUUGCUGAGGCAUUUACAUUGUUGGGUGUCUGAAACUUCUCCCACAUUUGCCACAGAAGUUUAGUUUCUCCCCUGUGUGGCCAUGCUGGUGGAUCUUAUACACACUCUCCUGUGUCAGUUCAUAUCUUCUCAGGCUACCUAACCAGCCGAAACAUUACCCUACGUAUCUGACGGCGAUCAGAUCUGCUUGUGUUUGUGUGUGAGGACAGCAGCAGGAGCCGAUGCACUGCUGUCUGUGUUCCUCUCCUUGCCCACCAGAUGCUUCUCCUCCUGCGAGUCAGCUCGUUGAUGUGAUUAUAUUAUUGAAUUCCCUUCUUGAGGCACUCUGGUGUGCUGUGUGAGGAGUCUUUUUCUACCUUUCAUUACUUCAACACCUCUGGGUUACAGUUACAGCUUCUGCAGUCAAAAGGUUACGUUUCACAUAGACGGUAAAUGUAUCCCAGAAGUUUCACGGCUGCUGCGUGGGGCAUUAGGGGGAAAAUGGGAGGGCAGCCAGUAGAAGAGAUGCAGGGUUUUCUGGAGGUAAAGGUGUAUUGUUGUGUUGAAGAGGUUCUGAAAAAGCCCUGCUCCUGAAUCCAACGCAGUUUUCUUUCCUCUAUCCUGAACUGACUGACUUGUGGCUCCACCUGGGAGCUGAGUUGCUAGUUGCAUUCUGAGUCACGUUCCCUUUGAUCUUUGUUUAAUGAUCGGUGAGUUUGUCAGUUUUUGGCUUUUGUUGCUUUCCUCUAUACAGGAUGGAGUUCUUGGACAGCAGUAGGAACUCUGGUUGACCACCAAUCCAAAAUUAGCUGGCUGUGGCUUUGGAGGGAUGUGAGGUACAUUGUGUACCACCUGCCACAUAUCUUUUGUAGUGUAAGCGCUAAUGCAUCCUGAUGCGUCUCCAACAAGUAAAUAAGUCAUCAAUACAGGACGUAGUAAUUGCCAUGGUGACGUCAAACAUUUUGGUUUCCUUAGCAGGCGCGUGCGAAACAACCCUGGUGCUUGUCUGGUGACAGAAAUCUGAUCACAAGUGGUCAGCUGGAAAACCUGUGGUUAGAAUCACAGAAACUUUAAAAGCAAGUAUAAACAGGGUCUCUGUGAGCUGCAGCUGACUCGACCAGAUCCUCUCUACUUUACCUCUUCACGCAGCUGAGGUUGGGAUUUAACUGAAGGUUGACGCUGACACUGGUGACACUGGAGCUCAGGGAGAUGUGUUUGAGGGUCCUUCAUGUCUUCAAAGGUUUAUCUGCUAUUCUGAGGAAAGGAACGGAGCACAGCAUACAUUACUCUAUGGCAAACGUAUCCACAACAGUCACUACAUAAUGUGCUUUAAAAUCAACAAUCCUAAGUCUGAGGCGUCUGGUCUUCAGUGGCUUCUCUCGUAGUGUGAGAGCUGACGGCUAAAUGAAGGGCACAGUGCGAGCUCAGAUAUUCCACCCACAGGAUAAUGCAUAGAAACGAGAAGCCACAGGUAAAUAAUGUCUGCAGCACAAACGCAUGAUAGCUUCGUAUUCUGAUGGAACUUUAAAGAAAUUAUAUGUUCAUUCACUUCCUUGCUAAGAGUUGGCUGAGAAGAUUAAUAUCACAGUCAUAUCUGUACUUUCAAUAUGACACUGGACCUUGGAGAUGGUUAGCUUAGCUUAGCUUAGCAUAAAGACUGGAAACAUGGGGAAACUGGCUAGCCUGGCUCUGUCCAAAUGUAACAUAAUCCACCUGCCAGCACGUCUGAAGCUCACUAAUUAAAAUGUUAUGUCUCUGUUUUGUACAUAGAAAAACUAAUUGUGACUGUCAGUUUCACAAGGGGUUACAUACUGGAACUACUUCUUGUCUGGGGGCGGUGACUUCCUGGAGUCUCCACCGGUUGCCUGGCAACCUGAAGACUCUAGGAAGUAUACCCCUCUUAACUCUGGCCAGGAAGCCUUUAAGUGUAUUCCCCAAAAUGACAAACUAUUGCUUUAAGGUUCCAUACAUUUCAGUCUCUACAACCACGUUUACUUCCAGAACAAUGUUUGCAUGAGGAUGUGUGUCCAGUUGUUGUACUCCCACUGUCUCCACAUUAUGACCACAUUGUCUCCCCUGCUCCACUACCAUGAAGAAAAUGCCCCAAACCGUGUUUCAAAGCAAGUUUUAGAAUUUUAAGUUAGACGUCAUAUUCCUACACCCACUACAGAACAAAACUAUUACAAUUACAUGAAUAAUCUGACUAAAACUAAAGGGUCAGUGACAGAAACCAGCCCUAUUUCUCGCUGCCAAUGAAAAUUGAAUCCAAUUCUCUGAUGCGUUCUUGCUCCUAAAAUCUUAAGAGGGGUUUGAGAAGUUUUAAGUUCUUUAUUUUAUUUUUUACUAUUUUUUUAUUAUGUUUUUUUUUUUUUUUCCAUGCAAAUGUUUCAAUGUGUUGCACUUUAUACCACAGUUUGCAAUCAUUUCAGAAUCCAUUGUAACACAGUCAACAUGGCAGGGUUUUUAUUUCCCUCCCUCUGAGGCUGAAAGAUGUCAGUAUUUCACUGUGGCGACUCUGCACAAUGGGUUCUACUUAAAGGACAAAUUUUAAGUUUUGCAUCUGUUUUUUGACACUACAUUUGUCUUAGAAGUGUUUCAUUAGGAGUUUGGUAAAUAUAAACUGCUUUUCUAUUGAUAUGGAUUGUGAAUUACAUUAACUUUAGUGCUGACAGCUGUAGUGCUGCUGUGUGGAAUGCUCACAUUAUUCAUAUGAUGCUAUAAAGUGACCUUUUAGUGUUCUUGAACUGAGCUGGACACUUCAGAUUUUGGUCUUGAAUUUCAAUUUCUAGAAGCAAAUGAUUUCUAUUUUUAUAUGUGCAAAAAAGGCAGUGGCAUGUACUGUAACAUAAAGUGAUAUACUUUAAGGUCUAUUCAUUGUUGGUUCAGUAAGAUGAAACAAUAAUAAAUAGUUGUAAUGA